AUGGGGCAACAAAUCAAAUUAGACGACUUAUACGCUCUUAUAAAUACCGUAAACAACAAUAUCUCAUCCAAAAUUGAUAACGUUAAGAUAGAUAUUGACAGCCUAACAAAAAAAGUGGAUAGCCACAUAACAGAAAUUGAAAAGAAAAUCGAAGACUUAGAAUCUGAAAAUAAGGAGUUAAAAAUCCGCAUACCCACCAUUGAAAGAAUACUGAAGAAAAAUAAUUUAAUCUUUUACGGAAUACCUGAAGACAAUAACGAGAAUUUGCUGACAAUUAUUCUAGAACUAAUACAAGGGAAGAUAAGGGUUGAUCUAAAGCUAGAAGAUAUAUCUGAGUGCUUCAGAUUAGGAAAAGCAACAACUGCGAAGCGUCCAGUACUCCUUACACUGAUAUCAGGUUUAAAAAGAAACCAUAUAUAUCACAAUAAAACCAAUCUCAAGGGAACUGGAAUUUACCUAAGUGAAGAUUUAAUACCAGAAGAUAGAACAAAUAGACAGAACUUGGUUAAAAAAAUGAAAGAAGCUAGGGCACAAAAUAGAAACGCUUUCCUAAGAGGCAACUCAUUGGUUUUGGAUGGUGUUAUUUACAACCCCAAUGAGACUUUAUAG